AUGUCUGCGCCACGCGGAGAUUUCCGGAAGAGAUGUGGCUUGUCCCAACAGAAGCCUCAACUCAUUUCAACCUCGGAAGCAAUGUGGGGUCUUCAAGAUUCAAACAUAUUUGAUCCACUGAGCGAACAGCUUUUGUAUUUACUGGGCAUCCCCAAAACAAAUGGCCCUCUCGAUGGUGGACAAAUAAGAAAGGGUGGGAAUUUGGGCACGCUCCGUGAAGGUGAAAACAAUGCCGCUAUGCUGAGUAAAAAGUGGAGAGACCGGGAGAGUUGGGUCCCUGAUAGAAGUAAUCCCCGGAUUUCCAAGUUCAGGUAUCUCUCGUCCGAAACAGUCGUGAACGUAAGAUCCCGGGGCCAUUCAUCCGCUAAAGUCUAUUUCAUAAGGGAAAUUGAUGCAUCCACCAUCCAUGCCAUUCACAAACGCCCAAUCAAGACUUUUAUGACGAAAACACACGGUAACCCUAUCAGCCGCCAGGGAUUAAAGGGAAUGGAAUUAGGGGUAACAGUGUUUGGGGAACGAGAACAGGAUAAUCGAUGGGAAUGCCGAGCACUUCGGCGAUGGUACAAGUUCGCCAGGGUAUGGACUCGUAAAUAG